AUGCCUGUUUCCACACUCCGCGAAGCCAUCCAAGCUGAGACCGCGAUCGCUCCUACUUCCCAACAUCUUUACCACAACGGUCGCUUGAUCCAGGAUGAUACCAAGACGAUGGAGCAGCUGCAAAUUGCCGACGGUGAGAUGCUGGCGCUGCACGUGAGAGACAUGCAAGGAAGCACUGGUGUGCCGGAUCAGGGCAGAAGAGGUCCGCCGCGUAGACGACCGGGAGGGCAAGAUCCAGAACUCAUCCGCCUUCAAAUCCUGGGCGACCCGAACCUGCGCGCCGAGGCCACCCGACAGCAGCCCCAGCUCGCCGCCGCUCUCGACGACCCUCAGAGAUUCGCCCAGCUUUUCAAUGACAGUUAUGACCGGGAGCAACGGGAGCGCGAGGAGCGCCAGAGGCAAAUUGCACAGCUGAACGACGACCCCUUCGAUAUUGAAGCCCAGGCUAAGAUCGAGGAAAUGAUCCGUCAAGAGAGAGUCAUGGAGAACCUUCAGAACGCCAUGGAGCACAAUCCCGAAGUGUUCGGGCGGGUACACAUGUUGUACGUCGACGUGGAAGUGAACGGUCAUAGAGUGAAGGCACUCGUCGAUUCAGGAGCACAGGCCACGAUCAUGUCUCCAUCGUGCGCCGAGGCCUGUGGUAUCAUGAGACUUGUUGAUAAGCGCUUCGCAGGAGUAGCCCGUGGAGUGGGCACUGCCAACAUUAUCGGCCGUGUGCACUCUGCCCAGAUCAAGGUCGGCUCCAUGUUCCUACCUUGCAGCUUCACUGUGAUGGAGGGCAAGCAGGUGGAACUUCUCCUCGGUCUCGACAUGCUCAAGCGUUACCAAGCCAGUAUCGACUUGGCGAAGGACAAGCUGAUCAUACAAGGUGAAGAGGUGCCGUUCUUGGGCGAGGCUGAGAUUCCCAAGGAGAGCGAGGAAGCUUUGGAAGAGGAGCCUAGACUACCGGGACCGGCUGGCACAACCAUCGGUCAACGAUCUGGUGUUGUCAGCGGGCCGCAGAGUGCUGCUACCGCCUCGCCGCGACAGAAUCCUCCCCAGCAGGCUCAGCAGGCUCAGCAGGCGUCUCAGCAGCAGGCUGCAGCUCCGAACUUUCCCGAGGAACACAUUAACCAGCUUAUGGCUCUGGGCUUUCCCCGUGACGCCGCCAUCAACGCGUUGCAAGCAACGGGUGGCAACGUCGAGUUCGCCGCUGGUCUCUUGUUCGGAGCAUAG